CGAUUGCAUCGACUGUCAACGCUGGAGAGACUUGCGCCAUGGAGACAGAGGACAUUGUGAAGGGUCUUGCAGAUGGCAGCAAGGAAGGGAAUUCGGUUGAGAUGAACACCACUGACUGUGCAGACGUGCUGGCAACAAUAUAUGCACAGACUGCAGAGAUGAUGGGUGAUGGUGAUGAAUCAGAAAAUGAUGCAGGAGGGAGCACUUGUGAGACGGAAAAGGUUGGGGAAGAGAGAGGAGAGGGAGGUAUGGGGAGCAGGAAAAAUCAUGCAGGGUGUAUUGUUGAGGAUGAAAAUGUGGUCAAGACAUUAGCAGGAGAACAGUUUUCAUAUGACAUUAAUUGGGUGCCUGGUCGUGUUCAACCGGGUAUUGUUGGAGGAGUACCCUGCUUCGCGUUCAAAGUGGUUGGGACUUGGGUUCCAUUUCCUGUCCCCAAAACAAGCGCAUGGCGAAACGUGACUCUAUCAAUCGUGUUUGACAGAGUAUUAAGGUUGAACGAUGCGGCAAGAGCUCAGGAGAAAGGGAAACAUGCGUUGAAAAUGUGGCGUGUUCUAGAGGCGAAGGGCGAGUUCAGGCUUAACGAUUUUUUGUACGACAGUUUUGAUUGCGGAACGCCAUGGGUGAUUGGUGGGAACGAUGCAGCAGCGAGAACGGUGUGCCCCGAGAAUGAUGCAAGGAGGGAUCCUAGGUGGGGUUUGGUGCCAUAUGAGAUCCCGAUUACAUGUGGCCGGGUGAGGAUGCAGAUGCGUGAUGCCAUGAGAAAUGUCUGGAACACGCAUUACAUCAAUGGCAGGUUCUCCUUCACGCAUCUCAACAGGGAGGUGUCAGAAGAGGAGAAGAAGGCAAUGACAUGUCCCCCUCAUACUGCUAGGUGUUUUUUCCCGCCGCUUCGGAACCCUAUGGAGUUGAAGGUGGUGGACGGGAAACUAUUCUCCGGUGAGGAUGGUGUCAUAUACACAGCUGCAAGAGGGAAGGAAGCCACGUAUGAUGGACUAUGGUCGCAGAUAUGGGACCAUGUCACAUUGAGGCUGGUUGAUGGCAAGGUGACGAUGGCAGCAAAGCUGCAGUCAAGGCAGUGGCUUACAUUGGGAUGGAUGUAUGCAGGCAUUGUGGAGCAUUGGCAGUUCCUGGUUGUUCUGGCACGUGUCUCAAUUUUCAAUGUAAAUGUUAAGGACCACGUGUUGUUGGUUGAACACACAAAGCGUUGUUGGGAGAAGAUCAGGGAGGAGGACCGUAAGAUGGUGUGUGCGGGUUACGACUCCAUGAAAGACCAGGGGAUGUGGUCCAUGGUUGAGGGGAGUUGCGCUAGGCAAGAGCACGGCGACGGUGAGAACAUAUACAUGGCUCACAUUCGCCGUAGGCACCGUUGCACGACCCUUCUUGGUUGGGUCCCAGUCGUAUGUCCCAUGACAUACGAGCAUGGUGGAGACGUUACCAUGACAUUCACAGACCCGCUUGGUGUGCCUUUCCAUCUGACCUACUCAGAUGGACUCCUGCGAGACAUUCGGUAUGUCGUGGAGAACGACUUGGCAGGUGGAUUGACGUGGAAGGGUAAGAGGACAGAGAAGCGCUUCGGAAUUUUCCGUUUGUCUGCUGAGGUGGAGGGCCCAUGUGGUCCUGGUGGCAGCGCAGGGUGCUCUGUAACACAGGGGGACACGACCGGCCCAAGUCACGCUGCGAUGUCCCAGAGCCCGAGGAAGAUGAAGAAGUGCGUGUCGAAACCGCCAACUGGGAAGACGGUUGCAGGCAAAAAGAAGAAGAGCCCGAAGCCCGUUGUGGAGGAGGACAUUGCUCCUGCUGAGGGCGUGAGGUUUCAUAUGACAGCGGUGCGUGCUUUGAUGGAGGCUGUCGAGGCGUACCUCGUUGUCAAUUUCGAGAACACCAACGAGGUCGCGAUCCACUCGAAGAGGGUGAGGAUCCAGGUCAAGGACAUGAGGCUGGUGGAUAGGUUGUCGAAGCCUCGCAGGGUGGAGAAAUAUGAAGGUAUGUUGGACGAGAGGGCAAGAGCAGAGGAGAGGCAGCGACGGAUGGAGGCCAGACAGGCGAAGAGGGAUGGCAGCAGAGCAAGCGCGAAGAAGAGGAAAGCAGUGCCUCGGAUGUGCGAAGAUGGAGACGUGGACAUGACAAUGCACCAAAAAGGGGGAACGUAUGCACCUGCAGAUUUCAAAAAGUUGUUGGGCACUGUGGCGAAGAACUCCGACAUGCUUGUUGAUGGGUCCAAUGACGAGUUGAAAAGUGGUGCUAUAGAGAUCUUGGUGUUGUCCAGAAUGAAGGACAUCACACAAACACCACCACAGGACUUUCAAGAUGUUCCUGUAAUUGUUGCAGAUGGUGUGAAAUAUGUUCUACUGGAUCAGCUCUACGAUUUCAUGAAAAAGAGUGAUGAGGAUAGAAACGUCAUCCACGAGGCGUUGCACGAAGUGACAGAGUUUGCACUGCAGGGUAAAGAUCUGAUCGAAUUUGUGUCAGCGAGAGGAGAAGACGACUUCAUAUCCGGCAGACCGUUGUGGAGGGACUUAUUGUCACGCGUUUUGGACCGGCUCAAUCUUGCAAGUUGCGAUGUUGAGAGACAAAGAGAAAGAGAAGAAUGGUGGAAGUUGAUCGCCACGGAAACAAGUUUAGCAAUCAUUCCAAACAACGGAGAGACAUCAGCAGCAGGAGAAUCAAUAAGCUGUAUGGCAGUCGAUGUGCCUCCCAUGCAGAUAGCAGAUACAGAGGAGAUACUACUUGCGGAUAUCUUCAAUGCUAACGCUAUGGAGAGAGGUCGGUGUGAUGUUGGAUUCGAAGACGCCGAUUUGGCAAGUUGUCUUGCAAUAUACACAGACAAUGAAGAUAUAGCAGAAGAUGAAGAAGAGGAUGAGGAGGCAUCGUCUUCUGACGUGGAGAAAAUGGACAGCGGUCCACGGGUAUGCGACUGUGGCAGGCCUUUCAUGUCCUUACGAACUUUGAAUUCACAUCGUGCGAGGGCAUGCCCGACUAUGGUGGACGAAAGAGCACAAGGGCAGGAGAUGGGUGUUGUUGAUGCUUGCGGGCCAUCAAACAUAGGUGCAGUGAAUCUCGUGAGCGAUGAGAGUGAGGACAUCGGAGCCCCCGAGAAUGCAGACGGGGAGGGCGGGCCAUUCGCAGAACAGCAACCCCUGCCUGCCGAGUCUUUUGACAGCUCUCGCAAGCUGGCGGCACUGAUUUUCUCUGCCAGGGGCUGCCAGGGGCUGCCAGGGGCAGCGUCGGUAUGUCGCAGAGUGACAUAGAUGCUCUCUUGUCACUUCUCAAAGACCCGAGAUUCAGCACGACAGAC